UUCGCCCACUGGCCUACCCGUCGUGGUAUGGCAACAUAGAAUGUAACGGCAAAAAUAAAUAUUUUCUUAUAAAAAAUUAUCUCCAUCGUUCAAUCAUAUAACCGUUACAAGUGCUGACCCCGACGUGAUUCGAACACGCAGCCUUACUACCGUUACAAGUGGUGACCCCGAACAAGUGAAUCGCAGCCUUCACAAAUACAUCAACCGUUACAUACUAUAUAUUUUUUGUUGUUUUCCUCUCAUGGUCAUGGAAUAAGUGUGUAUUGAGGAUUUAAAACCUAACUGCUAGAUGCUCAAUCAGAUACCUCAAGUGAACCAUUGCAGCUUUAAGUGAUCAGUCGAUAAACCAAGCAUGAGGAUGUGGCGUGAUAGGGUUUUCUCAAUUAUUCGAAAAUUCGACUUCUUGUUCCCUAUAAAAUCCGUCUUUUUUUUUUUUAGCGCUCAAUCAAUCACAUAUUUGAAGGUAACUGACUAACUCACUGCGGGCAGACAGUCAACGAAACUCUGACGCCACAGAUCCCCUCGAUGAUUUGCGCAGAUGACCGUAUAUUUUUGGACUGACCGCAUAAUGUCACACAGAUAGCCCUACGUAUUUGGAGCAGUUUUCAUCUUCUCAUUCGGCAAUUAUUAAUAUUGUUCAUUGUGAUUAGCUAACAACAAAUAUCAUUAUGUUCCGCAACAAAUAUCAAGUCAAAUGUUCGUGAGCUUGCUUCAGUUAUUAUACACGUAGCCGACGAAAUGUAUCAUCAUAGAUCAACUUAAGCGACAAGCACACUUCGCGACAUUGGUGACAUCCGACGUUCAUUUUGACUUCAAGAAAAGUGAAUCAAGGCAAAACAGAAAAGAUUCGAGAUCAGUUUUAACCACAAAACACUAACUAAAACAUUUCCGUUAACACCCGGAACUUUUUUCUGUGGAAACCUAGUGCUUCACCUAACACCGUCUAUCUUUAUGAUAUAGUGAAGUGAUCUAUUUCACUGACGAAAGAUGGGGAAAAAGGCAAAAGUUGGAAAGGCUCGUAAAGAUCGAUUUUAUCAACUAGCCAAGGAGACAGGUUACAGAGCUCGAUCUGCAUUCAAGCUUAUACAGUUAAACAGAAAAUUUGAGUUUUUACAGAAGUCUCGAGUUGUUGUUGAUUUAUGUGCAGCUCCAGGUGGAUGGUUGCAAGUAUGUGUUGAAAAUACUCCUGUUUCUGCUUUGGUUGUUGGUGUGGACCUUGUGCCAAUCAGACCUAUCCCUCGAACCACGUGUCUACAAAAUGACAUCACCACUGAAAGUUGUCGAGUGGCCAUCAAAAAAGAACUCCAGGACUGGAAAGCUGAUACUGUCCUUAAUGAUGGAGCACCUAAUGUGGGUAAAUCAUGGGUACAUGAUGCUUUUCAGCAAGCCCAGUUAACACUUUCUGCUCUGAGGUUGGCAGUCGGAAUUCUUCGCAAAGGAGGCUGGUUUGUGACAAAGAUAUUUCGUUCGAAAGACUACAACUCACUUAUCUGGGUAUUUAACCAGCUGUUCAAGAAGGUACAUGCCACGAAACCCCAAGCAUCAAGAACUGAGUCUGCUGAGAUCUUUGUGGUGUGUGAGAGCUAUUUGGCACCUGAUAAGCUGGACCCAAAAUUUCUUGAUCCAAAACAUGUUUUCAAAGAAGUUGAGGAUACAAAAGUACUCCUGAAUACAUUUAAGCCAGAACAGAAACAGAGAAACCGAGAAGGUUAUGCUGAUGGACUCACCAAUUUAUACUUCCCCAAAAAUGUAUCAGAGUUCAUUAACAACCAAGAUUAUUUGAAGAUUCUUGCUUCUUGCACAGAGCUAUUGUUUGAUGACCAGUCCAUUUUGGAAGAUCCGCUGACGACAGAGGAAAUAAAGAUGUGUUGUAAGGACAUUCGAGUGCUGGGAAAGAAAGAUAUCAAACGCCUUAUUGGAUGGAGGAAACAAAUUUUAAAACAAAGGGAAACAGACACACCUCAAACUCCAGUAGAAGAGGAGAAGGUUGAUAGUGACGAAGAUGAAGAAAUAAAGCUUCAAGAAUUGCUAGCCACUGCCAAAGAGGAGGAGAGAAAGACAAUUAAGAAACGUCUGAAGAAGAUUCGAGAACAAAAGCUUAAGCUGACACAAAGAAUGGAUAUGAAGAUGGCCUUCCCUGAUGAUGAGAUUGAGCAAAUUGAUGACAUCGGCCUUUUCCAGUUGCAGAAGAUCAAAUCAGAAAAGGGUCUGGAAAAGAUUCAGAAGGGAGAUUUGAGCUUGGCUGAUGAGGAAGAGUUAAUAGAUGAUGAUGACCUUUUCAUUCCUAAAAGGGUUUUAAAGGUGUCUUAUAACCGUGACCCAAUGGAGAGAGAAGAUUACGAUUACAACAUCGAUAGUGAUGAUGGUGAAGAACCAAAGGCUGAUGAUGACGAUGAUGAUAUCAGCAUGGCGGAAUUAUCUGAUGAUGAUGAACUAGAAGGAUUAGAUAGAAAGAAAAAGAAGGUUGAUGAUGGUGAUGAUGGAAUUGAAGAAAAGGAGAAAGAAAAUCCUCUGUUGGUGAGUCUCACUGAGAAGCAGACAACAUCUGAAAAAGUGUCAGAAUGGUUCAGCAAGGAUUCAUUCUCUACUUUGAUUUCAAAAGAAGGGAAGCAAAGUGAUGGAGCCAGUGAGGAUGAAAUUGAUGAUCUUAAAAUGCCUAGCAAAGCAAAGGCACAAAAUAACAAGGAAAGUUUUGAGGUGAUACCUGUGGAUAAUAGUAUUGGUCAGCAGCAAGUAUCUAGCACUGACGACGACGACGACGACGAUGAUGAUGAUGAUGAUGAUGAUGAUGAUGAUGAUGAUGAUAGUGAGGAAGAGGAAGACAACUUAACAGCACAUAAAGCAAAAAAGCGAGUUGCACCAGAAUUGGAUCCAGAAGGUCUUGCCCUUGCUGCUAAGAUGGUACAUUCCAAGAAGCAGCGUCGUGAAAUUAUUGAAUCAGGAUAUCACAAAUUCAUGUAUGAUGACUCCAACUUACCACGUUGGUUCUUGAAAGAAGAAGAAAAACAUGCAAGAAAGAAUGUUCCAGUCACAAAAGCUGAAAUGGAAGAAUACAAAAAGCAGAUGAAAGAAGUUGAUGCUCGGCCUAUAAAGAAGAUUACUGAAGCUAAAAUCAGGAAAAAGCUCAGAAUGACAAAGAAACUGCAGAAGGUUCGAAAGAGGGCAGAGACAAUUACAGACUGUGUGGACACUUCAGAGAGGGAGAAAUGGCUGAAGAUUAAGGAAAUAUACAAGAAAGCUGGUUUGCUGACGAAACAGAAGAAAGAAGUUUCAUAUGUGAUAUCUAAGAAAGGUGGUGGAACAAAGGGGGCAAAACCCAAGGGGCCUUUCAAGGUGGUUGACAGACGAUUAAAGAAGGACAAACGAUCGAUGAAGGCAAAGAAUAAUCAGAAGAAAAAGGGAGGAAAGGGGAAAAAAAAAGUUAAAUAAAAUAUUUGUAUUGUUA